CAGCCGAGAGGCGGAAGUGGAAGAGGUUGUGGCUCGAAGGGACGCGCGAGGAGCUGCUGCUGCUGUGGCGGCGGCAGCGGCGCUGAGGCGGUGGCGGCGUUGCCGUCCCCGGGCCGCUCGGCCUCUCGGCUCGCCCCUCAGCCCCACCUGAGCCCGCCGGGGCCUGCGGCGGCCAGCACUUGCCCUAUGAGUGUGUCACUGGUUGUCAUCCGACUGGAGCUCGCGGAACACUCGCCCAUUCCCGCCGGCUUCGGCUUCAUCGCCGCGGCUGGGGAAAUGUCUGAUGAGGAGAUCAAAAAGAAGACACUAGCUUCAGCCGUUGCCUGUUUAGAAGGGAAGUCACCAGGGGAGAAAGCUGCAAUCAUCCAUCAGCAUCUUGGCCGUCGAGAAAUGACAGAUAUGAUCAUUGAAACCAUGAAGUCCAACUCAGAUGAACUAAAAGCUACAAUGGAAGAAGAAAAGUCUUCAGAAGCAUCCCGCACUGCACAGAAAAGUAGAGAUCCAAGUAAAGAAUGUAUAAACGCUGCUCCUGAUUCUCCAUCUAAACAGCUUCCAGACCAGAUUUCAUUCUUCAGUGGAAACCCAUCAGUUGAAAUAGUUCAUGGUAUUAUGCAUCUUUACAAGACAAAUAAGAUGACCUCCUUAAAAGAAGAUGUGAGGCGCAGCGCUCUGCUGUGUAUUCUCACUGUCCCGGCUACAAUGACCAGUCAUGACCUUAUGAAGUUUGUCGCCCCAUUUAAUGAAGUCAUUGAACAAAUGAAAAUCAUCAGAGACUCUACUCCCAAUCAAUAUAUGGUGCUGAUAAAGUUUAGUGCACAGGCUGAUGCAGAUAGUUUUUACAUGGCAUGCAAUGGCCGCCAGUUUAACUCCAUAGAAGAUGAUGUUUGCCAGCUGGUCUACGUGGAAAGAGCUGAAGUGCUGAAAUCUGAAGAUGGUGCCAGCCUCCCGGUAAUGGACCUGACCGAGCUCCCCAAGUGCACAGUGUGCCUGGAGCGUAUGGACGAGUCUGUGAACGGCAUCCUCACCACAUUGUGUAACCACAGCUUCCACAGCCAGUGUCUGCAGCGCUGGGACGACACGACGUGUCCCGUUUGCCGGUACUGUCAGACGCCAGAGCCAGUCGAAGAGAAUAAGUGUUUUGAGUGUGGUGUUCAGGAAAACCUUUGGAUUUGUCUAAUAUGUGGCCACAUAGGCUGUGGGCGGUAUGUGAGUCGACAUGCCUAUAAGCACUUUGAGGAAACCCAGCACACAUAUGCCAUGCAGCUCACCAACCAUCGCGUCUGGGACUAUGCUGGAGAUAAUUAUGUCCAUCGACUGGUUGCAAGUAAAACAGAUGGAAAAAUUGUACAAUAUGAAUGUGAAGGUGAUACUUGCCAGGAAGAGAAAAUAGAUGCCUUACAGUUAGAGUAUUCCUAUUUACUAACCAGCCAGCUAGAAUCUCAGAGAAUCUACUGGGAAAACAAGAUUGUCCGAAUAGAGAAGGACACAGCGGAGGAGAUUAACAACAUGAAGACCAAAUUUAAAGAAACCAUUGAGAAGUGUGAUAACCUGGAACACAGAUUAAAUGAUCUCCUAAAGGAAAAGCAGACUGUGGAAAGAAAAUGCACUCAACUAAACACAAAAGUGUCCAAACUCACCACUGAGCUCAAAGAGGAGCAGGAAAUGAAUAAGUGUUUAAGAGCCAACCAGGUGCUCCUGCAAAAUAAGCUGAAGGAGGAGGAGAGAGUGUUGAAGGAAACCUGUGACCAAAAAGACCUGCAGAUCACCGAGAUCCAGGAGCAGCUGCGUGAUGUCAUGUUCUACCUGGAGACGCAACAAAAGAUCAACCACCUGCCUGCUGAGACCAGGCAGGAGAUCCAGGAGGGACAGAUCAACAUCCCCACGGCCUCAGCCGCCAGUGCCCCCUCCUCAGGGGCUAGUGGGAAGCUGCCCUCCAGGAAGGGCCGCAGCAAGAGGGGCAAGUGACCUUCAGAGGACAGAUGGCCCCAGACGGUGUGCUGGAAUUUUCAGGUGAAUGUGAGGGGACCCUGACUAAGGCGAGGGUGGAGCAGCAGUUGUUUGGAUCUUUUCUUUCGUAGGGUGCG